AUCCGCUUCCUCGCACAUGAUCAUGCUACCGCGUCAACGCCACCUUGCGCAGGUCGGCCCAAGCUUGCUCAUAUAUAAAGCAGCAAUGCGGCCGGAGAACCCCCGCUAAGCUCGCCGUUCCACAGUCCUCGUUCCGCGACAUCGCAGCGACCUUCAAGGCUUCGAGUCGCACCAUGACAAUACUCCCGACGAAGCUGGGCGUGAACGGCCUGCGCGGCACCGCGCUCGUCGCGAUGCUCACCUCGGUGUGCUCGAUGGGCUUCUGUCUCUUCGGCUACGACCAAGGCGUCAUGUCCGGCGUCGUCAUCUCCAAGUACUGGCUCGGGCAGAUGGACAACCCCAGCACGAUCAUGGUCAGCACGAUCACCGCGCUCUACGACAUUGGUGCCAUCGUCGGCGCGAUUGCGGCCGCGUUCACGACCGAGCCACUCGGGCGGAAGAGGACGCUCAUUAUCGGUGCAACGAUACUGCUCAUUGGCACCAUCCUCAUGGGCAGCUGCGUCGAGAGGAUUCAGAUGAUAGUCGCGAGGAUUCUGACCGGGAUAGGCGUCGGAUACAUUACCUCCGUGACGCCCGUGUACCAGAGCGAGGUUACGCUGCCGGAGCACCGCGGGUGGCAACUGUGCUGCCAGAUGUCCUCGAUGCUGUUCGGGCUCAUGAUAGCGUAUUGGAUCAACUACGCGUUUUAUUUUUACAACGGACCAAUACAGUGGCGCUUCCCGCUGCUGUUCCAAUGCGUCUUCGCCAUCUACGUCAUCUUCGUAACGAUGUUCAUGCCCGAGACACCUCGGUGGCUGAUACGCCACGAGGCCAGCCCCGCACGGGGAAUCGAGGUCCUGGCGCGGCUGAGAAAUCUGCCCACUGACCACGAGGUGGUGGUGAAGGAAGCGCAGGAGAUCAUCGAUGCACUCGAGCUGGAAAGUAAGGAAGAGGGUUCGUGGGGCGACCUGUUCAAGAGUGGCGGAAUCUCCGCGAACAGGCGGUUCUAUCUCGCACUCGGGAUCCAAUUCAUGCAACAGUUGACGGGUAUCAACAUCGUGACGUACUAUGCUCCGACGCUCUUCGAGUCCAGUCUGGGCAUGUCGCAGGAGAUGGCGCUGUUUCUCGGGUGCUGGCUGCAAGUGUGGUACAUCGUUGCGUCAUUCGUUACGUGGUACACCAUCGACCGCGUGGGGCGCCGCAAGCUAUGGAUUACCUUCGCCAUAGGCCAGAUGAUCGUAUUGGUGCUGGAGGCGAUCUGUGUCGCCGUCGACACCCCGAGCGCGAGCAUUGCCGCAGUGUUCUUCGUAUUCCUGUACGAAGCAUUCUUCACCUGGGGGUGGAUGGGUACCGUAUGGGUCUACCCUGCUGAGAUCCUGCCUCUCAAGAUCCGCGCGAAAGGAGCUGCACUCGCAGCUGCCGCUGACUUCUUGGGCAACUUCCUGGUCGUCGAGAUCACUCCUCCCGCCCUCGACAACAUCAAAUGGAGAACCUACAUCAUCUUCGCCGUAUUCAACGCCGUCAUCGCCGCGAUCGUCUGGGCGUGCUACCCCGAGACGUCAGGCAUCCCGCUUGAGUCGAUCGACGAUAUGUUCCGCGCUGAGCGGAGCGAGACGUCGAGCGAGCAGGACGUCGUGAAGGGAAGCUGGACGAGUGCCCUCCAGUGGAGCGCUGUACCGAGAGCAGAUCUGGCUGUGCAACGCGCGCGAGCAGAGAGACGUACAAGGACGGUGGGUUGCGGCGGUAUGGAGGAAGCCGCUAUUGCCAGUAGCAGUGUAUCGAAUGCGGACGAGAAGGUGGCAAAAGUGAGUGUGGAGGAGAGGGAGAAGAUGGCCGAGGAGAGAAUGGAGACCGUAGAGUCAUGAACGUUUCAAUGAUUCCCCCAGUGACCAUGAUUUACGUCGCAGUCAUGUCCAUGAAACUGUAUUGUACUAGAUGGUUGUAUCAGUGAUCGGACAGAGCAACUUUUGCACUACAAGCACUGCUGAUGAUUGAUACAUACGCU